AUGCGAUUACACUCCUCGUACCUUCUCCCCCUCCUACCGAGCCUGGCAUCAGCCUCCGGCUUCGACUGCGGCCAGCUCAAAGUCGACAAUUACAAAUACGACCUGAGCCCCCUCGGAGGUGCCCACGAGAUCACCCAUUCCGUCAAGACAGAUGAUUAUGUGACGAAUACGACCUACCGACUGAAUAUCUGCAACAUCCUAGGGGAAAGUUCCCGUCUCGGCGAUGCGACAUGCGGAUCCAGUAAAAACAUCUGCGGCUUCGUUCACCGAUCCCCACUAGACGGCAAUGGGGACCUAACAUACGGAUUCCCGAUUGUGGGCCUGGAACCUCUUGGCCAAGGCAGCAAAGAUCCCGAAGUGAAACGAUUGAAGGCGAUCGACCCCGAGACUGAGGGACUCCGCGUGAAGCUGGCGGGUGGCGAAUACAAGGGUGAAGCGAACGAUCAGAAGGCCAAGAAGGCCGCUGCUGUGAUUGAAUUCCAGUGCGAUCGCGAGCGAUCCGGGCUUGAGGGAUUGCACACUCUUUCCGAGCCGGAGCCCAAGGAGCGCAGACGCAGAGAAGAAGAGCAGACGCCCAAGACAAACACCAGCAGCUUGCAGUUCAAGAGUUUUGGACCCACCGAUGACGAUACCUAUGUUUUGCGUUUGGAUUGGCGUACUAAGUACGCUUGUGACAACUACGAGGAGGAAAAUGGGAGUCCGUCUUCGAGUAAGAGCUGGGGCUUCUUCACUUGGCUGAUCGUCAUUGCAUUCCUCUGCAUUGCCGCCUAUCUUAUAUUUGGCUCGUGGCUCAACUACAACCGCUACGGAGCUCGUGGCUGGGAUCUCCUCCCCCACGGCGACACUAUUCGUGACGUUCCCUAUAUCUUCCAGGACUGGCUUCGUCGUGUGGUCAACACAUUGCAAGGUGCAGGCUCUCGUGGUGGAUACAGUGCGGUAUGA